UUUUUUCAUUCAUCGCUCAACAACCUCCUCUUCAGUCCAUUGCCUUUCGUCUCGUUGCAAAUCACGCCAAUCGCACAGUACCCCUCUCUAUCCUAUACGCAUAAAUCGCCAUCAUGGUCGGAGUUGGCGCGAAGAAGCCCCCUUCCCGCAGAGGAUCCACUGCCGAUCUUCCCAAGAGCUUGGUCUCUCAGAUCGAAAGGCUCGAAGAGCUGUUCACCGUGCCGGCUGAGAAGCUCAAGGAGAUCACCAACCACUUCGUCUCGGAGCUCGAGAGGGGCUUGCGCGAGGAGAAUUCAACUAUUCCCAUGAACGCGACCUGGUGUAUGGAAUUCCCAGACGGUCAUGAAACAGGCACUUUCCUCGCCCUCGACAUGGGUGGCACCAACCUCCGCGUCUGCGAAGUCACCCUUACCAAGGAAAAGGGCGAGUUUGACAUCAUACAAUCCAAAUACCGCAUGCCCGAGGAGCUCAAGACAGGCACCGCAGAUGAAUUGUGGGGAUAUGUAGCGGACUGCUUGCAGCAAUUCGUCGAGUACCACCACGGAACAGAGCAGGUCGAGCAGCUGCCUCUUGGUUUCACCUUCUCCUACCCGGCCACCCAGGAAUACAUUGACCACGGCAUCUUGCAGCGCUGGACCAAGGGAUUCGAUAUCGAUGGCGUCGAAGGCAAGGACGUGGUCCCUCCCUUUGAGGCAGCGCUCAAAGAACGUGGUGUACCGAUCAAGUUGACCGCUCUCGUGAAUGAUACCACGGGAACCAUGAUCGCAUCCGCCUACACCGAUCCCCUCAUGAAGAUUGGCUGCAUUUUCGGCACUGGCUGCAACGCCGCAUACAUGGAGAACUGCGGCUCCAUCCCCAAGCUGGCUCACAUGAACCUGGACCCCAACCUGCCCAUGGCCAUCAACUGCGAAUACGGUGCGUUUGAUAGCGAGCACAAAGUUCUCCCUCGCACGCCGUUCGAUAUCAUCAUCGAUAAGGAAUCCCCUCGCCCGGAUCAGCAGGCAUUCGAGAAGAUGAUCGCUGGCUUGUACCUGGGUGAGAUUUUCCGCCUGGUCUUGCUCGAUCUCCACCAACAGCCAGAAUGCCACAUGUUUGAGGGGCAAGAUGUCUCCAAGCUCAAGAAGGCCUACUCUCUCGACGCAGGCUUCCUAGCCGCCAUCGAGGAAGACCCAUUUGAGAACUUGUCCGAGACCCAAGACCUGGUCCUCAAAACACUUUCCCUCACUUGCACAAAACAGGAGCUUGAACUCAUUCGCCGCCUCGCCGAGCUGAUCGGCAUCCGCGCCGCUCGGCUAUCGGCUUGCGGAGUGGCUGCAAUCUGCAAAAAGAAAGGCUGGACUACCUGCCAUGUUGGCGCUGAUGGCUCCGUCUUCAACAAGUACCCACACUUCAAGGUCAGAGGUGCUCAAGCCCUCAAGGAGAUUCUCGACUGGCCAGAAGAGAAGGGCAAGGGCAAAGGCGACCCUGUCGAGCUGUUCCCUGCCGAAGAUGGAUCUGGUGUGGGUGCGGCUCUUAUCGCGGCUCUAACGCUCAAGCGAGUGGAGCGCGGCCAGAACGCGGGUAUUAGAGAUCCAGCGGCCAUGAAGGUAGCGGCCGCAACAGCCCAGAAGCUUCAAGCGAACAAAUAGACGCCACUGGAAAGUUUUGUAUGUAUCGCAAUGUAUUUGACUGUAGCUCUGUCUUAGAUAUGGAUCAAACAAUUGGAUUAUGAUUUGACUCAGAGAACAAACAUCACACCUUACUUUCUCGAUAACAAACGACAGCCUGAUCGAAGACACCCAUUGUCAGACAUGUCUCAGGUUUCACUAGAUCUAUUGAAGACGUUUUAUCUUCUGCUUUUCGUCGACAGUCACAACUUCACCCGGAGAUCAUCUUCGUCUCGUACUUACCAUUUCACUCCACCUCAGAGUAUCACAGCCCUCCCAUCUCACGACUUCAUCUAGAUUCCCGAGAACAAGACAUUUCGAACUGUAGCAACAAAUCUGAAAAGGUGUCAAGCUCCAACUCAAUCCUUCCAUCCUAGUAACAGCUUCAACCACGAUUUUCUCGAAGGAUAUCUACAAAUACUAUUCCAACUUCUCCUCUUGCAGAUCAUAUACACUAUCCUAACUCUGGGUACACCAAAACAACUUGUCCUCCCGUAUUUCACAUACCCGAUUCAGCACCAUGACAUCCAACAUGAGGUCAACUGUCAUCCGACUCCUGGCCACACUCACAAUCGUGCUCUCCGUCGCCGCCAUAAAAGACAUCCCAGAACUCCCUCUGACAACAUCAUGGUAUGAAUCCUCCGCGCUCGCCCUCGCCCACACCAUCCGUCUCCUCAUCCCCCCGGCAUUCUUUUGCUUCACCACCUGCAUCCUUGCCAUCCCACAUCUCCAUCAUACAACCGCCCUUUCUCAUCUCGCCACAAUCCCGGGUACAUUAUCCCGCGCCUGCAAAACCUUCCCCCUCCACCUUACCACUCGUAUCAACCGGCUCUACCAACACUACAAUAGCCCCUCUACUGAAAAUAUCUUACGCACCCACAUCGCACACCUCUCCCUCGCCCUCCAAGAAUCCAGCCUAAAAAUAUCAACCCUGCAAAACACACACACCACCGCCCUUUCCGCCCUCACGCGCGAA